CCCCGCUAUUCGCAAAUGGACCUUCAGUGUUGCCAUGGCAGGAUGACGGGGAGGAUGUGCCGCUCUGCCCGGGGCGUGUGCACAUGUGUGUUUCUUCUCUUCCUGACACACGUGGUGGCGCAACACACCUGUAGACACGUGCACCCCACACCUGAUGAGGUUAUAUUGGACGUCCCCCUUGAGUCACCCCACCUCAUUAGAAAACGGAGUUUGGACCAACCACUCAGGAUUAAACUGUAUUAUGAUGAAAGCGUCUAUGCACUCUCAGAAGAAAAAUAUCAGCUGAUUCAUGAAGUCGUUAUGCCCACUGCUGUUAACUACUGGGAGGCCGCUCUGAUGGUUAGGAAGACAGAAAAUGUAAUUAGACUGAACAGACGCUGUGAGAAAAAUCAGGUGUUUUUGUUGAAAGGGGAGCCACAUCCGUAUUGCAAGAGCAGGUGUGAGGAUGUGACCAUGUGUGGAGAGGUGCAGGUCCCCGAGGAACACCUGCAUGCGUGUCGGGUGUGCAAUACGCUGGGGGACAACUGCAGGGUGGUGGCCCGGGAGGUGGGGGACGGGAUACCAAACGCAGAUUUUGUCUUCUAUAUCUCUGCGCUGGAGACUGAGAGGUGCCGCAGGGGUCACACUGUGGCCUACGCUGCUCACUGUCAACAGGAGGCCGCGCUGGACAGACCCAUCGCAGGACACGCCAACCUGUGCCCGGCAGCCAUCAGCACCAAGGCACAGGAGCUGGAGACGCUGAUAUCCACAGUUAAACAUGAAAUCCUUCACGCCCUGGGGUUCUCCAUCUCUCUGUACGCCUUCUACAGGGACGACCAGGGCCGCCCCCUCACCAACCGGACAGAGAACGGCAAGCCGGCGCUGAACGAGGCGCUGCAGGCGAGGCAGUGGAGCGACCGGGUCAUCCAGAGGGUCGUUCGGGUCGACUGGCAAGUGAGGGAUGGCAGAAGUGUUAAGGAAAUGAACAUGGUCGUUACACCGCGGGUCAGGGAAGAGGUUCGUCGCCACUUUGACUGCCCUGAGCUGGAGGGGGCCGAGCUAGAAGACCAAGGGCAUGAGGGUACAGCCCUGACUCACUGGGAGAAGAGAGUGUUUGAGAACGAGGCGAUGACGGGCACCCACACGCAGAACCCAGCCUACUCCCGCAUCACCCUGGCAUUAAUGGAGGACACAGGCUGGUACAGAGCUAAUUAUCACCUUGCCCAGCCCUUGAAGUGGGGUCAUCAUUUGGGCUGUACGUUUGCAAUGAGGAGCUGCAAGGAGUAUAUGGAGGAACAGACAAGAAGAGGGAAGAGUAUUCAUCCGUUUUGUGACAAAGUGAAGAGGGACCCGCUGGAGACUGACUGUACUGAAGAUAGGAGCUCUGUGGCCCUCUGUAACCUCGUAGAACACAAGAAUCUACUUCCUAGGCACUAUCAGAAUUUUGGGUCCAUUCCACACGUAUCGUCAAGUCGCGUUGGUUUCUAUGGGGGUUCCGUGGCCCUCGCUGACUACUGCCCCUACAUACAAGAAUUUACGUGGAAGAACAAUGAUGUGGUUAUUCGAGGGUCCCACUGCCAGUACAGCGAGAAUAAUCCAGAUUCAGAGAAGAAUUUUGCUCUAGAGGCGUACACGGAAGAGAGCAGGUGUUUCAAUCAACAGAGAGAGUGGGUGGAGAGAACCUGCGGGCAUCUACGUCAAUGGCAACACUGGGGCUCCGGGUGUUACCAAUACCUGUGUGUGGAUGGCCGGCUGCAUCUCACUAUUGCCAACCACACGUAUACAUGCUAUCACGCUGGGCAGAUUAUCAAUAUAUCUAUUUUUCACAACGGUUGGCUUCACGAGGGAGCCGUGGUCUGCCCGCCUUGUAGUGAACUGUGUGAGGAACAGAACAUGGUGUGCCGCAAGGGGCGUAACCCUCCCCAGUCUGCAGAGUAUUACAGGGACGAGCUGGUGUGCAAGGGCGUGCCUCUCCCCCCCCUUAGUAACAUCUCCCUCUCUCUCUCCCUUUUAUUCUCCCUUUUAUUAUAUUUCUUGCCGUCUUUUGUUUGACAUUUAUUUAAUUAGUUUUUUUUAUAUAUUUUUUUUUGUUUCGUUCGUUUUGUGUGUGCGUGUGUGUGUGUGUUUGUUUUGAAUUGUAAGAAUUUAACGAUUUUUUUUUUUGGUCUCGCGGUCUCUCUCUCUCUCUCUCUCUCUCUCUCUCUCUCUCUCUCUCUCUCUCUCUC